CGGUUUGUGUCUGGGUUUGUGCGCUGUGGAAGCUCAGAACUGGGCCCGUGCCCUGUGCUCUCGGCAGCCACCCCAUGAGGACCCUUCCUCGUCGUGCCGGUGGUUGCGCUGGGAGCAGCAGCGCCGCUGGGACCACGCUGGAGCCGGGAUCUCCAGAGGAAGCAGCCACCAAGCGCUGGAGUCUCGACGCCUCCAUCCUUCAGGCACCUCCGACGGCCGCAGCCGGGGGCUGGUGCGGAGCGAGGCGGAGGCCGGCUGCUGCUCGGGUCAGCUCGGGAAGACUCGCCGCGUCCCGCGGGCAGCAGCCGCGGUGACACCCGUAGGACCGGAGCGCUGCCGGUGCUCCGCGCGCCGACAGAGCGCGGCAGGGACCGGGGCGGGCUCUUCCCGCCCCCGGCGUGAGGCCAAGCCCCGCCCCGCCGGGCGUGCCGCGGUGACGUCAGCGGCCCGCUCCGCCGCAGCGCCAGCGCAGGCCGUGCUGCCACCGGAGCCGCUCAGCCGGCACCCGCGCCCCGGCCCGGCCUCGCCGCCCUGGCCGCCAUGCCCUCGGACCGGCCCUUCAAGCAGCGCCGCACCUUCGCGGAUCGUUGUAAAGAAGUGCAGCAGAUCCGAGAGCAGCAUCCCAACAAAAUCCCGGUCAUCAUCGAACGCUAUAAAGGGGAGAAACAGCUGCCAGUGUUGGACAAGACCAAGUUCCUUGUCCCAGACCAUGUCAACAUGAGUGAAUUGGUCAAAAUAAUCCGGCGUCGCUUGCAGCUGAAUCCCACCCAGGCUUUCUUCCUGCUGGUGAACCAGCACAGCAUGGUGAGCGUGUCUACCCCCAUCUCGGAGAUCUACGAGCAGGAGAAGGAUGAGGACGGCUUCCUCUACAUGGUCUAUGCUUCCCAGGAGACCUUUGGCUACUGAAGCCUGUUGAGAGGUGGCAUGUGGAGACGGAUGAACUGUGGCACACAGGCCCCCGGCCUUGGAAGACGACACAACCAGAGGCUGGCAAGAGGAGGACUGUGCUGAGUCCCUUUCUCUCCCUCCCUCCCUCCCUCCCUCCCUCCCUAUCUAUCACCUUUUCACCAAGGAGGCUCGUGGCAUGUGUUGGACUCACACAACCCUUCACCUCUGUGUAGAUCAGCCCCGCUCCCUCCACACACAUGCACCCACGUGCAGACACCUGUGUGUGCACACGUGGGGCCUCGGCUUCCCAUCACGUCCCCUCGGUGUAACCUGCAGCUGCUCUCACUGUGCUCUGUGUGUGUGUGUGCGUGUUCGUAGCCUGCUGCCAAGACAGCUCAGCCAGGGAUGGAGAGAGGACAGGACACUGUCCCCUUGGCUUCCAGCACAGGGAGAGGAGCUGCCUCCCCUCCAAGACACUAAUGAAGGGCAGGAGGUCUGCAAAAGCAGCAGAAGAUGUUCCCAUUGCUCCCCAGUUUUAAUUGAUUUAAUUACACCCAUAUCAGAUUCUUGGUGCUACUGAGUAGAUGUAGGCGUCUCUAUAGGACUGUGGAUAAUGUAUAUCCUUUAGAUUUAUUUUAUUGUUUUUUCGUUUGUGGUUUGGUUUUGGGGUUUUUUUAGGGAUAGAUUGGAAUGGGGAGAGGGGGUAAUCUUUCCUGUAUUCUGUAGGUAAAUAAAUCAGGCUUCAUUGCACUUUAAAGCAUAGUAGAUGUCAGAGUGGAACUUACUUUUAAUUUAUACAGGUUUGCCAUAUAUAGUGCUGCUCCUCUGUUGACAGUUGUACCUAGAUUGUCUUUGGGGUUUUGUUUUGUUUUUAAUAAAACUGAUUUCCCUUCUCUCUGUCUCCCCACUGCAUGCAAUUUUUAGUCUCUGUGUGGCAAAGAGUUCAUUCAAGGAAUGUACUGAUUUAUAUUUGCUAUGUUCCCAUUCCUGUUUCUCAUGUAUUAUACCAAAAAAAUGUAUAUGAUAAAAUCCCACCCGGUUUAAUCUAUACAAAGGUAUAUAUAUAAAUAUAUAUAUAAAAUAAACAUAAAUUCAAGUCGUG